AUGUCUCAGCUGUCUCGUACUGAAGAUAGCAAACCCACCAGCUUGAAACCUAUUCAAUCCAGUCACAAUGAAAACGUGACAUGGUUCAACUGCGAGGAGUGUCCAGUCAUGGAAAGACUGCUUAUUAAAGAACAGGCCGUCAUCGACGCUGGGGUAUAUCUCAAUGAGUUGGCGCCUCUGAUCAACGAUGCCCUGGCGAGCAAUGAGGUGGCUAAACAAGAUGGAAUUACAGGUCUGGCGGAGCUGAAAAACUGGGCCCAAGAGAUGCCAAACGUCACUCCUUCGAGCUUCGGCAUUCAUGAGUUCCUUCCUUCAAGCUGUGAGCAGGCAGCUACCGCAGUUGUGUGCCAGGUCUCCUGGAACCAUGACAUGCGAGCUGGCUUUGAGUACCGCGCCGAGGUUGACUUUCACAGCUACGCGGAAAUUGAACAACAAGUGGGAAUGCUCUUCCAAGCUUUGUCUUGUCUCGAGGAAAUUGAAAACCGCCACGAUGAUGACGAGGAUGCGAGGAUCCAGGACCAAGCUGAAGCGCGAGCAGUCAUCGACGACGUCCUUAGCAAGGCACAAGCUGUCUGGGGAACUGAUCUCUCCCUCGAGGACUUUCGGGGAAUGACUGCUGAGAGCUUGAUGGAGUCCAACAGAGACGUACUCAGACUUCUCGGGACGACAAAAAGCCUGCACGACUCGGACCCUGAGAAGCUGUCUCGGCAGGUUCGCCCAUACUUGGACUCUACGAUCCACAACCACGGGAAAGAAGGGAAGCAAUUUGCAGCUUGGCCUCUGGUCAAACAAGUCCGCCAAUUCCUUCGCGUUGAUAUUCUGAAGAACGGAAUUAGCCUAGUGGACCUCCCUGGGCUGGGGGACAUGGUGCAGAGCCGAGCAGCAGUGGCUCAGCAAUUCUAUGAAAAGCUGUCAGUGACGAUCAUUGUAGCCCCAGUUAUUCGCGCUGCUGAUGAGAUGACGGCCCACUCUCUUCUUGGUGACCAACAAGAGUUACGACUUCAGAUGGACGGCCGAUACCACAGCAAGGGCUUUGGGUUUGUUCUCACAAAGGCCGACGACAUCAAUAUCCGUGGUCAACUCGCGCGCUCGAAAGAGAUACAGAAACAACCCGAGACAAUGGUCAUCCACACCCAAUCCAAAGCGUUAGUGGCUGAAAUCAAGGCCCUCAAGAAUGAGGCAAAACUCGAAGAGGACGCACUCAAAAAGAAGAAGAAAAGGGUUACGAAAGCCAAGAGUCAGGUAGACCGUAUGGUGAAACGGCUCCAUAAGGUCAGACCUAGGCAACAAGAGGCUCUCAAGCAGGAACUCCGGGUCCUCAAAUCUGCGAAGUCUGAGGCCAAGCGGGGUUUGGAAGAAUCACGCAAGAAGAUCAUGCACCUUACCGAGCAGACAGCUCGGAAAACCAGAUCCCAAGCUUAUAUGGAGUCAAAACUUGCUUAUCUUUGCACCCGAACCAGGAACGACUUCGUUCAGUCACGAAUUCAGGCCGACUUUAGGGUCCGACAAAAGAGAUUUUAUGGCUCCAGGAAAAUUCAACAGCAAGAAAGUCCUGAACUUCUUGUUGAGGUGAUCGCUGUCAGCUCGUUAGCAUUCUGGCGGUUGAGGAAUGACGAAUCCCCCAUUCCCGGAUUUCCUCGCGAGGCCUACACCGGGAUCCCCCGAGCAAAGCAAUGGCUUUGGGAGUCCACCGCUGGGACUCGCGAAGAACACCUCGAUACCGUUUUGAACAACUAUUCAAAGCUAUUGAACUGGAUCCGCCAGUGGUCGCAGGACGAAGACGAGGAAGCCAAUAUCGUCUUCACGAAACAAGACAUCGACGAAGCACUACAAACAGUUCACAAUAACAAUCUAGAUUCCCUUCGGUUUGAGCUGUCUUCUUUUGAAGACGACAUUGGUCGUAUUGACCCUCUGCACAAUAAGGACGGUAUUCUUCGAGCCUGUGCUGCCAAGGUUCGGAGAGUCAUAGGUCGAUGGCAUCUCAUGAAACCCGACGACCUUACAUGCACAAACGCUAUGCAUUACAUGACCCACAAUGCCAUUCUGAGGAGGGAUGGCGCCAGCUAUACGAGCCCAAAAUCCAAAAUCAAUUAUGCUUGGGUGCAGAGUCUCGGCAAACCAAUGCUCCAGCUCCUGGUGCAGGAUUGGGACCAGGCAAUGAACCAAGACCUCCCCGCUUUGCUUCGCCCCAUGAUGGAGCGCGUCGAGGUCGUGUGGCAUAACUAUAUCCGAGAAAUUCUUUAUAGUCUGAAGGCUCUGAACGCUGACUUGGCUAGCCCAGUAGAACGCAGCCUGCAGGCCUUUGACCCGAUCAAAGAUAUUAUUCGCGAUGAGAUUCGCAUGGCUCUAGAUCUGGUAUCCAAAGAUGCUGCCUCGACUCACCCACGGCUUUUGCUGAGUCUCCAAAACUCAAUUGCUCCAAUUUGCCAUAAAGCACUCAACCAUACAGGACCGGGGUGCUUCAAAUCAAGGAAGGACUUCAUCAAAGCUGAGGGAGCUCGCCAGGGUGAAAAGAUGUUCCACAGAGCCCUUGUCGUGAUGGAGAAGAGAUUGAGGCUCAGCAAGCAGCGAUUGCCGGAAAAGUUCGACAAGAUCAGCCAAAAAGCCAUCACAGCCGUUGAACGGCACUUGCACGCUCUCUUUGAGAAUAUUCUCAUCGGAGAUUCUGACGAAGUCUGUGACCGAGACAGACAGCUGAAAGUCAAGACAGAGGCAAGGAAGCUGACAGUGAAGUGGCAAGCCGAUUGGAACUCCGGAAGAGAGCUCCACGUCGAAGACAGUACCAAUUCAGAGACUCCGGAAGAAUUUGAUGCGGAAGACGCCGUGAGCCUCGGGGGUGAUUCGGCGGCUGAUGACGAUGGCUCAGAUGACGAAGCCAUGGACACUGACGACGAGGGGCAAGACAGCACAUAG